AUGUCUAAACAACAAAUCGUUGACUCGCUCUUCGCUCCGUUGGAUGAGCCGAAAAGCUCGGGAAAUGAGUGGUGUCCGCUUUCAGAAGCUCGUCUUUUACAACUUGUGCUCAAGUACAGACCUAUCGGUAUCAAUAAACACAUCAACAUGGAUCUAAUCGUCAUGUAUAUGAAGCACAUAUAUGCGAAGGAAGAUGGUGUGAACAUAUUCCUGAACGAUGCUGAUCUCCAAGAGUACGCCGCCGGAUUGGAACUUCCACCAGAUGAACGUGUAGCUCGCUUUGAGCCGUCCUACAGUAUUCGCCCAACAGCGGAUCAGAUCUGGGAAAAAAUCAAUGCUCUGUACGAUACAAACUCGUUGGAGUUCAGAGAAAUGAUAGCACUACCGCUGCCUCCAGAACUGACGACAGCUAGUGACUUUGAACUGCCUAAGAGUUAUUUCACUGAUAUACAGAUCAGACUUCGCUCCCUCCGGAGCCAAAUUGGGAUUUUUGAUUCGGACACUCCGGUCGACACAGCGGAUCCCACUACUUCGCAAGGGGUCUCCCUGGCAGUGCCCUCCCAUGGUAACACUGAGCAGUCUGUACUUAAUGAAGCGUCAUCUGGUCCUUGCGAGCCAGUUUUCGAGAUAUCUGGACCUAAGGAAUGGAUUUCGGGACCUUCAUCUCAAGGGCUGAUCGGUCUGGACUCUACUCCGGAACUUUCGAGUUCUCUACAAGAUGAUCCGCACGUUCCUUUGAUCAAAGAGGAGCCUUCUUUUGAAAGCAUGCAGGAGCCAACAUUGCCAGGACAGCAUGUGGAGGAAACUCCCAAAAUGUCGCUUCAGAGAAUUUCACCGAUCCCGCUCGUUGAAAAGCUCAUGAGUGAUUUCACUUUGGAAUCAUCACCUUCGAAGACAAGCUUGCAUGUAGGAAAUGUUCUAUCCUCGUCGUCGGCACCUGACGAGAACAGCGUCUUGAAGGUUCCGUCCCUGGAACUUGCGGAAGAAGAGAAUAAUCCACCUUCACUUACAAGGAAACCACGUCGUCGUAGCCGCACUGGCGAGUCAAAGACAAUUCUCAAAAGGAAGAGGGGCCUAAAGGAGAAGCAAAACCGAAAAUGA